AUCCGUAGUCUGAUACGGGCUUUACGUUGAGUGCAGAGGACGCAACUAAAACGAGCAAACCCGAUUAACUUUACAGACAUAACCUCACACAUGACUUGAAACCUGAGGAAUCAUGACAAGUUUAUACACGUAUUUGCGUUGCAAGAAUUCUUAGUUUCUCCUAGCACUGAUAGUGCACCGGCAAUUUUGUGAAUUAAAAAUGAGGGGAAGCGUGAUCUUAACAAUGAGAAUUUUAAUCAUACCGAGAUAAAUACUUAUCCGUGACAUCUCUCGUACGUAAAGUGUACGAAUGUACCCUGUACAAAUGUUUGACAUUGUCACAGAGAAAAUUUAUAUAUUCAAAUGAGGCUCGCAUAGAGACCAAUAUAUCUUGCAACGUCUCGUAAAGAAAGGAGAGAGAGAGAGAGAGAUGGUACUACCAGCGCGUAUAGCACACAAAGCCAACAGAGUAUCGUACCAUUAUCAUAAUAUCUUUGCGAUAUGUUUGCUAUUAUUUACAUUGUUCAUCGUACUCACCUCGGUGUACCAUAUUUUUAAAUUCGGUAGUACGCAGAAGCAUUCCGAACAUAUUCCUGUAACGUUGAACGACAUAGAUGCCCUGCCCGUUCAAGCGUUGCCUGCCGACUCGGGCGCGGCGGAUGCGACCAAUUCCUCUUGCACGUACUUCUCCUGCUUCAACGUGUACCGAUGUGGCAGCCAGGGAAACAAGCUCCUGGUGUACGUCUAUCCACCCAAGAUGUACUUGGAUUCCACCAACAGGCCGGUGACCUGCCAGAUGACGAAGGAGUACUAUCAGAUUCUCAGUGCUAUCGUCAACAGCAAGUUUUACACUCCCAAUCCGUACGAAGCUUGUAUCUUCGUCCCCUCCAUCGACACUCUCAAUCAGAACAGGUUGAGGCUGCAAGAGGUCUCUCAGGCCCUUAGGUCGUUGCCUUUCUGGAACAAAGGAGAGAAUCAUCUCAUCUUCAACAUGGUGCCUGGAAGCGCGCCGGACUACAACACGGUUCUCGACGUGCCAGUGGGAAGAGCGAUGGUCGCAGGCGCCGGAAUGUCAUCGCUGACCUACAGGCCCAGCUUCGACGUCAGUCUACCGAUCUACAGUCCGCUUGUCAACAAUCUGAAAACGAACCACAGUAAUAUAAGAGUGUGGCUGGUGAUGUCGUCGCAGAUCAACAUCAAUACUGCUUUCGAGCAGGAUCUAAUAGAAAUAAAAACGACGUAUCCGAAGGACAUCUUGGUGCUGGGCCCGUGUCUACAUUUUAAUCCAAUGAACAAUACGAUACGUUGCGUAGGAGAGGAUAUAUACACGUAUCCUGAUAGCUUGCAAACAGCAACGUUUUGUCUGAUAAUCCGUGGUGCUAGGCUGGCCCAAAGCGCACUCCUGGACGCGAUGGCUGCCGGUUGUAUACCUGUGAUCGUAGCCGACUCUCUAAUAAUGCCAUUUCACGACGUGAUCGACUGGACCAAGGCUGCUGUUUUUAUACGCGAAGUCGAUGUUUUAUUAACGGUACAACUGUUGAAAAAGAUAUCUCAUCAGCGCAUCGUGGAGAUGCAGGAGCAGAACGCGUGGCUUUACGAUCGUUAUUUCAGUUCGAUGGAGAGGAUUACCGAAAUUACGUUAGAAAUACUCGCGGACCGCGUGUUUCCAUACUUAACACGAGAUUACUCGUACUGGAACGUACCAUCGUACAAGGGAAAGCUCUCGCCGCUCUUUCUGCCGGUGACUGCGCCUAAGACACGUGGCUUCACCGCCGUGAUAUUAACGUACGACAGACUGGAGCUACUGUUCCUAUUAAUUAAUAAACUCGUCAAGGUGCCGAGUCUGUCCAAAGUUCUGGUAAUUUGGAAUAAUCAGCAUAAAGAUCCACCGCAUUCUACCAGGUGGCCGAAAGUGAAUAAGCCAUUAAAAGUAAUACAAACGAAGGAGAAUAAACUGUCCAACCGCUUUUAUCCGUAUGACGAGAUUGAAACUGAAGCAGUACUGUCAAUAGAUGACGACAUUAUUAUGUUGACUGCUGAUGAAGUAGAGUUCGCUUAUGAGGUGUGGAGGGAAUUUCCGGAUAGAAUUGUUGGGUUCCCAUCGCGCCUACACAUGUGGGAUAAUGGUACUAACUGUUGGAAGUACGAAAGCGAGUGGACGAACAGUAUUUCCAUGGUUUUAACAGGGGCAGCUUUUCAUCAUAAGUAUUGGAAUUACAUGUAUACUACGGCCAUGCCUGGUGACAUAAAGGAAUGGGUCGACGAGCACAUGAAUUGCGAGGACAUCGCAAUGAAUUUUCUGGUAGCAAAUAUUACUGGAAAAGCUCCGUUAAAGGUGACACCAAAGAAGAAGUUCCGAUGCCCCGAAUGUACAAAUACCGAAAUGUUGUCUGCGGAUUUGACACACAUGGUGGAACGUACGCAGUGUAUAAACAAAUUUUCUUCUAUUUAUAGCACUAUGCCGUUGGAGUCGGUUGAGUUUCGUGCAGAUCCGGUGCUCUUCAAAGAUGUAUUCCCGGAGAAAUUGAAACGAUUCAACGACAUAGGCAGUUUAUAAUUUGCAUAUAGCUUCUGUUAAAAUGAUCGUGAAAGUCAGUUUAAUAUAAAUCAUAGUACUUCGAUCCUGAUGAUCGAAAAGCCGUUAAAAAGGAAGAAAGAGGCCAUUUAUCGAGAAUAUCAAGCGAGAUGUAUAUAAAGUGUCUAGUUAUAAUAGGCAGAUUUUUAUUUAAAGCUAAACUAGAUCUAGUAUUUUUUUCUUGAAAUAUUAUAUCAAAAUGUUUACGAUAGAGUUUAUUAAACUUGUGAGUUAUUUAUUUUCUAUUAUUUGACUUUAAAUAACGAUGAAUUGUAAAUUUUUUUAAGUCUUUUUGGCUAAAGGAGUUCGAUGUCUUUACUUACAUCCCUUGGCCAUAUAACAUAGAUUCUCUCUAUAUUUGAAUUUCUUGAUACAUUUAUAUCACUUCAUAAAUACUUAUGCAUUUUAAUUGUAAAUUUUUUUUCUUAAUAGAGUCAAAUAUACAGGGUGAGGAAAAAGUAU